AUGCUUAAUUUUAAGAGGUGGAGCUCCAUUAUAUGUAAAGAGUUAAUGAUAAAAAUUAAUUUAAAAUCAAAUGAAUAUAAACUUUUCUCUAUUUAUUUUAAAAAUGAUAAGAAAAAUACAAAAAAUUGUUUAGUUCCUACCUUAUCUAAAAGGAUUACUAUGACAGUUCUAGGGAUGAUUUAUUUGUUAAUUAAAGAUGUUGCAUUAAUUGAACAUAAAAAAAUAUCGCAGUUGAAAAUUGUUGACAGAUAUACAAGGAAGUUAGCUGAAGUUUUAAAAGAUAAUGAAAAUGUUGAAAAUUUAUUAUUAAAUAACGAUAUAUAUGAUAAAACAGGAAACAAAUCAAACGUCAGUGGUUAUGAAAAUGGUAAGGAGGAAGUAUCUAGUGAUGUUAAGUAUGAUAAUAAUGAUAUUAAUAAUGAAGAUGAAUUAAAUGAACAUUAUCCACAAGUUAAUUAUGAUAUUAUCAAACGUUUGGUUUAUGCUGAAAAUGAGAAAUAUUAUUUCAAUGAAAAAAAUAAGGAAGAAAUAAGAAAUGCUGAAAAGAAAUAUAAAAAUCCAUUAAAUCAAGAGAAACAUGAUAAAGAUGAUUAUAUAAUAUUUGAUGAUGGUAAUCCAGAAGUUAAUUUUUUUACUAAUAAAGAUAAUAUGAAAAUAGCUAGAUAUGCUUGGUAUGUACCCAAUGCUAAAGCUCAUAUAUUUGGCUUACAUGGAAUUACUUCACACUUAAGAAAUGAAUAUUUAAAUUACUAUGGUAGACCUAAAUGGGUAGACAAAAACAGAAGUACAAAUGAAGGGCAUAUAAAAAAUGAGGAUGAAAAUACAGAAGGGAAUUCGUUUAAAUCAUCUGAUACAAGCGAAUUGAAAAAAUCUAGAAGAUCAGCAAAUGACGCCCCCAAGAAUUCAGCUGCACAUUCUGUUAAGAAUAAUAAUGAAAAUGAGAAAAAUUUCCAUUCGGAAAGUUCAAUUAGUGAAAUGAAUUUUAAAACAUCUAUAGAUGAUGAGAAGGUAUUGAUAAUUGAUGAAAGUGAUAAUAAUGCAAAUGUUGAUAGAAAUUUAUAUUAUUGUUCAUAUUGUGGUCUUACUGAUUAUUGUAAUUGUGGAGAACGAACGUUAUCAUAUGAAAAUAGCUGGAUACAAAAAUUUAACGAUAAUAAUUUUUCAUUUUUUGGUAUUGAUAAUCAAUCUCAUGGUUUAUCAGAUGGGUAUAAAGAUGAGCGUUGUUUUGUCGAUAAUUUUGACGACUUUGUUUUAGACGCUAUUCAAGGUUUAGAAAUAUUUAUAAAAGAGUUGAAAGAAAAAAAUGAUGAAAAACCAAUAAUCAUUAUGGGUACAUCUAUGGGUGGUUGUAUAGCUUUAAAAAUGUUUGAAUACAUACAUAAAUUAAAGAAAGAAUGGAAGACACAAAUUAAAGGUUUAGUACUAAUUUCUCCUAUGAUUAGUGUGGAGAGACAGAAAAAGAAAUUUUCUAAUAGAAUGUUAAUAAGUCUAGGUAAUCUACUUAAGAAAUUAUAUCCUCUUCUAAAAAUUGAUGUGAAAGAAAGUAAUGCAAAAUAUGAUUGGAUAAAAUAUGAUUCUGAAAUAGAUCCGUUUCAAUAUUGCGAUGGAGUAAAAGUAGGAAUUGCAUCAGAGUGUGUAACAGGUGCUGAGAAUUGUUUGAAACAUGAUAUUCUAAAAUAUAUAGAUAAAAGUGAUGUCGAUAUUAUGAUUCUGCAAUCAAAAUAUGAUGUAUCAGUUGAUCCUACAGGUACUGUUAAUUUUAUGAAAAAAAUGAUAGAUAUUUACAACGAUAAAAAUGACAAAAAAUCGAAUAAUAAGAAUAUUAAUGGUACAGAAAAUAAAAAGAAUGUAGAAAGCACUAAUUUAAAAGAAUCUAAUAAAAAUGAUGAGAACAAAAAUGUAUCAGUUCAAAAUGUCGAUGUGUCUAAUUCUAGUGAAUUAUUGGAUGGGGACAAUGAACCAUGUAAGCAUUUAGAAGAUUACACAGUUUUAACAGGUAAUGAAUUAGAAGAUGACAAACGUUUAUGGAAUUCAUGUAAUCAUGGAUAUUAUAAAAAUUUUAAAAAGAAAAUAAAAUCAAGAAACAAUAAUAAAAAUGAAUCUGAUAAGGAAGAGGAUACUUUUAAACACUUGAGUGCUCAUAUUUUAAAUUAUGGUUCUCAUUGUUUAGCAUGUGAACCACAAUCAGAAGAAACUAUUAACCUUUUAAUGCACUGGCUUAAUAGUGUAAAUCCAUAA